UUCCGGUGUCGUACGGUUACUGCGGCGGAUGUUGAUGUUUUGUUUCGGAUCUCGCUGAACGAUGUGAAACUGUAUCGUCUACGGGACGGCUUGAUAUUUUUGUGGCCGUCUUCUCGAUACUUUUUGUGCUAUUUCUCUGUAAGGUUUUGCUGUUUGUCGGCAUCGUGUCUCUCCCGGGGUCUUUUCCGGGAAGCGCGAGGCCGAGUCGUGCGAUGAUGGAGGACUUUGAUGAGAUCUAUGAAGAAGAGGAGGAGGAAGAGGAGGACGAGGACAGGGCCGCGGAGGAACAGCUCCUUAAGUACGCUCCGGACCCCGUGGUCGUGCGGGGGUCCGGCCACGUAACUGUGUUUGGGCUCAGUAACAAAUUCGAGUCAGAAUUUCCCUCAGCACUUACAGGAAAGGUGGCGCCAGAGGAAUUCAAAGCCAGUAUCAAUCGUGUGAACAGCUGCCUGAGAAAGACGCUCCCCGUGAAUGUUCGGUGGCUCCUGUGUGGCUGUCUCUGCUGCUGUUGCACACUGGGUUUCAGUUUGUGGCCCGUCAUCUGCCUCAGCAAGAGAACAAGAAGAUCUAUAGAGAAGCUUUUGGAGUGGGAGAACAGCAGACUUUACCACAAGCUGUGUUUGCAUUGGAGACUAAGCAAAAGGAAGUGUGAAACCAACAACAUGAUGGAAUAUGUAAUUCUAAUAGAAUUCCUACCUAAGAUCCCCAUCUUCAGACCGGACUAACCCAACUACAGCUGAUCUGAAAGUUCCUCUGCUGCCCACCUCUGUUACAGAAUCACGAUGGCUGUAAAGCUCCCAAAUACCCACCCUUCCUGAAAUACUCCAGUAUUUGUGUUUACAUUUUUCCUACCUAUUUUUUCACCGACCCAGUCCCCAUAACACAUCUUAUCUCUACGGCCUUGUUUACAAAUCCAGCAGCCCCGUACAUGUUUUUUUUUUUUGUUUGUUUUUUUCCUGGGGAGUGAAUUCACCAUUGAACCUUGACAAGCCAGGCAAACUGGCAUUAGCCUAUGGGAUGUCAGAGAAGAAUCAACCAUGGGCAGCCUUAUUGAUCUUUGGAACUAGACCUUGAGACUGGACUCUCAAAUUGAGUUCUGGGAGCCAUGACUGGAAUUUUGUCACAUUUAUGUUCCCUAACCGAAGCACAUGGCACAGUCAGACCAUGAUUAAAAAAAUAAAACACUUUUAUGUGUUACACCACCAACUUCACCUGCAAAAAAUACACACCAGUGCUUUCGUAACAGUUGGUUUGGUGCUUUAGAGCCGUACUAAAGGCAGUGGAAGGAAGGCUAUAUGGAACUCCAGAAGGGCCUUCAUCCAAAUCAACGCUGUAGCGGAAUGUGGGGGUCCUGCGGGAAUGUGUUGUGCCAGUGGCUAAAACACCUGAACUCAGUAAUAUCACUAUUCAACUACCAGACAUCCUCUGGCCUCCUUUCAUGUCACUUCACUGUGCAUAAAUCUAACCCAGUGACAAUCACACACUGACUGUACUGUAUGAAUGGGUCUUAAUGAUACACAGUUUACGUGGAACAGUUUGUUUUAAACGUUAUGCGUGUCCCAGUGGUGGGCUGGCUCUUGAAGAGACGGUCAUGUUGGGGUUUUUUUUUGUUUGUUUGUUUCUUAGCAUCUGAAGGGUUGUUUACUGUUUUGGUGAAAGAGAGCAGGUCGAUGCUUGCAAACCUUUUUUGUGUGUGUCAAACACAAGCAAAACAAAGAAAAAUUAGACAAAUCGAGCGUGAGAUACUCUUCUUUGAAGUAUUUUUUUGCCAUAACCAAUUUUUUUGCUGAAGUAAUUUAUAAGCGUGUGAGUGUGGAAAUAGUAUGUGCACUGGUGAAAUAGGCCUCUUUUGUGCUAUUGCAAAGGAAUGCAAUGGUUAUUUUAUUUCUCUCUGGAGUCUUGUGUCAACACUAAAGCACACAAUCGCUUUGUCGUUGACCCCUAUACGUGGCGUCUUUUACUUGCCUGCUGACCUUGGCUCACUCAUGAUUGUCUAAGUAAAGGAUAUGGAUGUGCACAAGACAGCUUCUCUGUUUUUGAUGUAAUCUUGCUCUUUACAUUCAUCUCAACUAAGAGUUCCAUUUUAUUAGGUGUUAUGUGAUACAAAUGGUCUUGUAUCAUGAAGCAGGAUUUUGGCUUUCACUAGAGCUCAGUCACUGAAACCAUCAACAUGGAGAUGAAGCUGCACUGCAGUGUGUAAAGACGUUAUCAAUCCCACUCUGUUCUGUGAAGCCUUAGUGUCUUUCAGCCCAUUGUUUUGGUUUUCUGUCCCGAAGCUUUACUCCUUAGGUUCACUGUCAUUGGUCUCAUUGGUCUGGAUUCAACCAGCUGUUUUCUGAGAAAAAGCUCUGAUUGUUCUAGUGUACAUAGCCUGCAAACUAGUGAACAUGGAGAUCUUUCCAGCAGAAGUUAGUGGACACCUGUAAUAGACCUCAAAGGGCAGCAAAUUAAAAAUGUUCCAGUACCAAGUUUAUAUGGUCAUCAUAGACUGUAUGUAAAAGAUGGGGGUAGCCACUGUAAUGUGACCCCCUGAUUUGUGAAAAGAAGGUGGAGUGAAAACUUCUCAGCAUAGACAGUAAAAGAGAUGGAUGUAGCUAAUGUGACAUCACCCAUUGAUAUAAUAAAGUCCUGCUCAGAGGCCUCGAGAGCAGUUUCACCAUCGCUGUCUUUGUGUCAGGAAACCGGAUUUGACUAAAAGUGCACGCUCAUUGGCUGACGAGCACAUUGUUCACAACGACCAUAUCCUGGAUAAUCUUCCUUUCUAAUGGCCAGAAUAACCAAAAUUCAUGAAAUAAGCUGAAUAAGAAAUUAAGCUGCAGUGAGUUUACACAGGCCUGAUCUGACCCCCCCCCCCCCCCCCCCCCCCAAGACUUCUAUAGGACCCGAACUCUUUCUGAAACCACAGCUGUUGUCCCAUAGGGGUCGUUAAAUAAAGUGCAGGUUUAAGGCACUUGCGCAUUGGCUUCACUUUUCAGACCUGGAAGGUACAUUGAUCUUUGAUCCUGUCUAUAGUUAUAAGCUAGCUUAACAAGCAAGGGGUAUCCACAGGCCAUACGAGUGCUUAACACAGAGAGAGAAACCUAAGUUUCACUCACCCUAACUGGAGGACAGACUUGUUGGAAGGCAUGUUUGUACAAUUAAUUGCACGAGGCAGUAUCAUUUGUCAUAUAAAUCCAUUAAAAACAUAAAAAGGAAAACACACCAGUCUGUAAACUUGUUAAAUUUCUGCUGUAAAGUUGAUUGUUUUAACGCAGGGGUCUAUGAGGACUGAUUUACUUUUGGAGCCAGGUGGUCAUUUGAGGAACUGCCGUCAUUGGUAGUUCAAAAUUAGCAACGUUUUUCAGCACCAGAGGAUGCCACAAUGUGAUUAAAAUGAUACUUAUGAAAACUUGUUCCUGAGUUAUUCAUUUAGCUAACAAUCCUGCUUCAUGAUGGUUACUUUAACAAAUGUAGCCAUGUCACAGAUCACAAUGUGAAACACAUCACAUCUUAAAAAUGUUUGUUUGCUAUCAAGUAGAUGAACAAAAGGAAGCCCUUUCUGAGUACAUUGCAUAAUGAUCUUUCCCUGCUCUGCACACCUUUGUGAAAGCAUCCUGAUAAGGAGACUGAGAUUGUUUAUGUCAAGACUUUAGUUUUUGUUCAUCUCUGGUGAUUGAAUGGGUCGCACUCAGGGGAUUAUAUUAGAUUUAUAAAAAAAAAAAAAAGGUCAGGUAUGUUCCAAAGUUUCACCAGGGUGUCACGUAUAGUACA